AUGAGAGAAUACUCAGAUUCAGAAUUUGAAAAGAAGCUAAUGCUCUUAAAAAACACUCAUGGCUUAAUUAAAUCAUUGUCUGCGUGGUGCUUUGAACGACAUGAACAUUACAAAAGCAUAAUCAGUGUCUGGUUCAAUGCUAUUAAGAAGGCGAGGAUCGAGAAACGUUUGACUUUGUUUUAUUUAGCUAACGAUGUUAUACAUAACAGUAAGAAAUCGAAUUACAAGUUUAUUGAUGGAUGGGCAACUACUAUUCAAAAAUCUAUCCCUUAUGUCAGGUAA